GGCAUGAUAUCAACAAAUCAUGGAGAUGAGUAUUUGGCGAAUAUAUUGCUGAGCAUUGAUGAUAAUCGCUUGAGAAGCAUGAUUUUUGAUCUUAAAGAUCGGCCAAUAUUAAUUUUAAAGAUGUUGAAUGGAGCUGAUGAUAUUGGUAAGCUUAGCAGAUUGUUCAAUAUUAUUAAGUCAAGUGGGAUUAGCGAGCAAAAUAUGCAAAUUGUGUUAGAUGAGAUUGUGAUCAAUGCUAAGAUUGUUAAUAAGAUGAUAGAUAAGCCGGAGAAUGAGCGGAAUGCAAUACUGAGGGGAAUUGAUAAUACACAGCUAGUUAAUAAAAUAAAGUGUGCGGUCAAAGAAGCAGAAAAGCUAAGAAAGGUAGGGAUAGCGACAAUAGCAGUAGCGGUGGUAGUGAUUGAGGCAUUGUUUACAAGAAUGAGUAUAAAGGAUGCAUUGAAUAAUGGACAUGCAAUGAGUGAUGAAGCAGUGAUAAGUAGGAUAGCGAUGGCAGCAGUGGCAAUGCUAAUGAUGCUGAGUGUGAUUGUGUAUGUGAAGUGUGCAAAUAGGCCUGUGUGGUAUGACAGAUUGAUGAUAGGAGGAAGCUUAGUGAUGGCACUGGUGAGAGUAUUCAUGGGUGUGUUUGGAGGAAUGAGAGUGAAAAUGAUGGUGGUGAUGAGCUUGGUGAUGGUAAUAGCGAGUAUAAUAGCGAUUAUUAAUAGCAGGAUUAAUAACGGUAAUAAUGAAAGUAGAAUAGCGAAGAAUGUGAUUGUUGUGCUAAGUACGCUUGUAAUGGUAAUUACAGGAUGGGUGACACAGAAUGUGCAUGUGACUAAUGUAGUUAAUAAUUAA